AAAAAUAAUCCCUUUAUUCCCUUCCCCUCUUUUCUUCUCUUUCUUUCUCUCUCUUUUUCUUUUUUUUUUUUAAUUUUUUAUUUAUUAUAUACGCAUCUAUAAAAAAAAUCAUAUUAAUAAUUUCAAGUUUUUAAAGAGACAGUACCAUGACUUCAUAUUGGUAUUCUACAAAUGGAAUGAAUCAACAACGAUUGUCAAAUCGACAUUUGUCCAUAUUGGAUCAGGCUUUUGAACGACAUGCAAGGAUUCAACUGUAUGACGAUGAGGUGUUUGGGUUGAAUAUAGCUGCGAUGGCCAACCCAUACCAAGGUACUAUGACAGCAGGUGACCUUCACUUUGGACUCUAUCGCCAACCUCCCAUGUGGCGUAUGAGUGACACUAGUCUGGAUACACUGAUUUUGAUGGAUAGCCAUUCUGAAAACGAUGAAACCAUGGAAACCAAAAACCGGCAAUCCGCCGGAGAUUUGCCUGAUAGAAUGAGUGAUGCAAGUUUAGAUGAUAAUUUACCACGCCCUAAUAAUAAUAAUAAUAGUAAUAAUAAUAAUAAUAAUCGUAAUUCAAAUCAGUCAAGAUACAAGUAUCUUCAAAAGAAAAAACCUUCUCAGUAUGUCGAUGAAAAUUGCAUCUGUUGUAGAAUCAGUUGACAUCACACAUC